AAUGUAGAAGAAGACAAACAUCAUAUUCGAAAGAUGGCGGUGAUCAAGGAAAAAGAUGGGAGACCAGGGAAACAGCCAGGAAAGGAAUCUCAGCCGUUGAUUAUUGCCAAAACUCCAGCAGAGGAGCAGCGCCUGAAAUUGGAGAGAUUGAUGAGAAACCCUGAUAAACCUGCUCCUAUCCCAGACCGACCGAAAGAAUGGAACCCCCGGGCUCCUCCGGAGUUUGUGCGGGAUGUGAUGGGCUCCAGUGCAGGAGCUGGCAGUGGAGAAUUCCAUGUGUACAGACACCUUCGCAGGCGAGAGUAUCAGAGACAGGACUUCCUGGACAAGAUGACCGAGAAGCAAAAGAUGGAUUUGGACUAUCUUGACAAGGUGUCAGAUAACCAACAGGCAGCUGAUGAAAGAACAGCCAAACGCAGGAAGAAAAGGGAAAAGCUGAAGCAGAAGAAGCUUAUGGCAAAAAAAGCCAAGCAGGAUGCCAACAAAGGUGAAGAUUCUGAGAAGUCCUCCUCCAGCAGUGAAGAGGACGACCAGGAGAGGGAGGCUGAGGAUGAUGCAGAGGCGCCCAGUUUCGUCAUGGGGAAGAGAUGAAUGCAUGGCUCCGGGUCAUGAGACGUGCUCCAAGACGAAAUUGAACGGUGGAACAACAUCUAAUACCAGUUCAGAAGUCAACACAGCCAAGCAACACAGCCUAGCUUUGAUCAAUGUCAUGGAUUUGAGACAUUAUCUGAGAGCGAACCAAGGGAGAUAAGCCUCUGUUAGGUAACUGCUGUUCUUCCCAACUUGUGGUUGUAGUUAGAUUCUUUGAAUUGAGGAUGACAAAGCUGGGUUGUAUUCAUUAGGCACCAAAUGGUCUGUAACAGGGAGGGACUACCUGAACUUGAAAUAAGACUUGCUCGUUUUUGUUUUUCGUUGCAAAAACCUUUUGCUACAGUGUGCCCUGAUGAAUAUGAUUAUCAAGAUGUUAAUUUCAUGCAUGUCUCUACUUUGAAACUUGUUGUGUGUUAGCGUCAUUUCUCACAUUUUAUUUUAUACUAUGCUUGUGUAUAUAUUUUUCAUAAACAUCUGGGAAGAAUUGGGCCUAUAUUUGCUGUUUACCCCAAUAGAAUCUUCUGGAAUGUAUUACUAAAUGAUAACCCAAUUUCACUAGAUAUACAAUUACUUUAGGUAGCACUGUCAAGCUAUUUCCACAAUGCUGAGCAGGACAUAAUACUCAUAGGGUCACUCCACUCAUUCCACCCUCCAUGUGAAAUUAAUUUGGGGAAGGAUAAUAGAAUUGGUCUAAUAUUUGUAACAAGAGUAGUCGAGUACUAGUAUUUGUAGUCUUUAAUGGAAUGAGUUUUGAACUAGUUUGCUGGUAUGGCUGACCUUGACUUGCAAAUCGGCUAUUGGCGGUUCCAUUGUACAACAAGAUUGGUGUAAUGCUUUAUUUUCCUUCCUCAAAUAUGUGUAUUGUUGGUUGCCAAGGACUAUCACCCACAGUUACUCAGUUUUCACACCUGCCAGACCGGUUCGGUGGCUAUUGUCAAGGGUCCUCCAGUGACAUAUCUCUACAGUUUUACAUAGAUGAGGAAUCAGGUUUUAUCCUUAUUUGAAAAACACAUCCUAAACCGUUUAAUCUCUGUAUCAAGUCCUACAGUAAGUGUUUGACCUGAAUAGGAUAACUUACUUUUUUCCCCUACUGAACUUAUGUGAAGGUUGAGUAUACACUAUAUAUACAAAAGUAUGUGGACACUUCAAAUGAGUGGAUUCGGCUAUUUUUAUUUUUACCCUUAUUUUACUAGGCAAGUCAGUUAAGAACAAAUUCUUAUUUUCAAUAACGGCCUAGGAACAGUGGGUCAACUGCCUGUUCAGGGGCAGAACGACAGAUUUGUACCUUGUCAGCUCUGGGAUUCAAACUUGCAACCUUUCGGUUACUAGUCCAACGCUCAAACCACUAGGCUACCCUGCCAGCCACACCUGUUGCUGACAGGUGUAUAAAAUCAAGCACACAGCCAUGCAAUCUCUGUAGACAAUCAUUGGCAGUAGAAUGGCCUUACUGAAGAGCUUAGUGACUUUCAACAUGGCACAGUCAUAGGAUGCCACCUUUCUAACAAGUCAGUUUGUUAAAUUACUGUCCAGCUAGAGCUGCCCCGGUCAACUGUAAGUGCUGUUAUUGUGAAGUGGAAAAAUCUAGACACAACGGCCCAGCCGCGAAGUCGUAGGCCACACAAGCUCACAGAACUCUGUCCUCGGUUGCAACACUCCUUACCUCUAGAAGCAACGUCAGCACAAGCACUGUUUGUCAGGAGCUUAAUGAAAUGGGUUUACAUGGCCGAGCAGCCGCACACAAGCCUAAGGUACCAUGUGCAGUGGCAAGCGUUGAUUGGAGUGGUGUCAAGCUUGCCGCCAUUGGACUCUGGAGCAGUGGAAACGCGUUCUCUGGAGUGAUGAACCACGCUUCACCAUCUGGCAGUCCGACGGAUGAAUCUGGGUUUGGCGGAUGCCAGGAGAACGCUACCUGCCCCAAUGCAUUGAGCCAACUGUAUAGUUUGGUGGAAGAGGAAUAAUGGUCAUUGUUUGGGCUAGGCCCCUUAGUCCUGUUGAAAAACAAAUGAUAGUCCCAUUAUGCACAAACCAGAUGGGAUGGUGUAUCGCUGCAGAAUGCUGUUGUAGCCAUGCUGGUUACGUGUGCCUUGAAUUCUAAAUAAAUCACAGACACCAGCAAGCAUCAUCACACCACCACACCACCUCCUCCAUGCUUCACGGUGGGAAUCACUAGGCGACCCUGGGACGGCAGGGUUGCAAGUUCAAACCCCCUGAACUGACUUGCCUGGUUAAAUAAAGGUAAAAUAAAAUAAACAUGUGGAGAUCAUCCGUUCGCCUACUCUGCAUCUCACAAAGACAGAGGUUCGAUCCAAAAAUCUCAAAUUUGGACUCAGACCAAAGGACAGAUUUCCACUUGUCUAAUGUCCGUUGCUUGUGUUUCUUGGCCCAAGCAAGACUCUUCUUAUUGGUGUCCUUAUUUUGUGGUUUCUUUGCGGCAAUUCAACCAUGAAGGCCCGGUUCACUCAGUCUCCUCUGAACAGUUGAUGUUGAGAUGUGUCUGUGACUUUAACUCUGACGCAUUUAUUUGGGCUGCAAUUUCUGAGGCUGGUAACUCUAAUGAACUUAUCCUCUACAGCAGAGGUAACUCUGGGUCUUCCUUUACUGUGGCGGUCCUCAUGACAUCCAGUUUAAUCAGCGCUUGGUUUUUGCGACGGCACUUAAAGAAACUUUCAAAAUGUUCCGCAUUGACUUACCUUCAUGUCUUAAAGUAAUGAUGGACUGUCAUUUCUCUUUGCUUAUUUGAGCUGUUCUUGCCGUAAUAUGGACUUAGCCCUAUUUGGUAAAAGACUAUCUUCUGUAUACCACCACUACCAUGUCACAACACAACUGAUUGACUCAAACACAGUAAGGAGGAAAGAAAUUCUACAAAUUCACUUUUAACAAGGCACACCUGUUAAUUUAAAUGCAUUCCAGGUGGCUACCUCAUGAAACUGGUUGAGAGAAUGCCAAGAGUGUGCGAAUCUGUCAUCAAGGCAAAGGGUGGCUUCUUUGAAGAAUCUAAAAUAUAUUGUGAUUUGUUUAACACUUUUUUGGUUACUACAUGAUUGAUUCCAUGUGUGUUUUGUCUUCACUGUUAUUCUACAAUGUAAAAAUAAAAACCCUUGGAUGAGUA